AUGAGUGACGAUAUAGGAAAAAGUGUUGCUAGUACAGAAGUACCUGAUGUAAGUCCAGGAGCAGGUUUUCAAGUAUUUGUUGAUAUGGCGAAUUUAUAUAAUAAAUUAAAAUUACUUAAUUAUGAUGAUGAUUAUGUUAUGAAAUGGAGAAUGAAACCAAUAUCACGAAUACAUUUUGCUGUAUCAACAAAUCCCGGAGAUCAAUUACAUGCAUUUAUUGCUCUUUCAGCAUGGCUUUUUCAAAAAGGUGGUCUUAGAUUUGAUAAACCAAGCGAGGAUGAUGAUCAAAGUGUUUUACUUCAGAAUAUUAUUGCACAAUUUAAGAAACUAGGUCAUGAUAUAACUAUAAGUGCAAGUAAACUUCGUUCUGGUUCUGGUGAACCUGUUGUUUAUAUUCUUAAUCGACUUGCUGAUGAUGCACUUAAAAAAACUGAUGAUGAUAAUGAAAUUGAUGUUAAUAAAAUUGAUGAAGAAAUGUUUAAUAGAGAUACAGAUGCUGAUGAAUAUGAAGAAGAUGAAGCUGUACUUAAUAUGGAAGCUUUAACUAAAUUAGGUUUAAAAACGAGUGCAGUUGGUGCUGCUGCUAUAUCGGAACCUGAAAUUCGUCCUGAAUUAAUUAUGGAAUCAACAACAGAUGCAACGGAAUGGAAAUUAGAAGUUGAACGUAUAUUACCACAACUUAAAGUUACAUUUAAAGCAGAAAAUAAAGAUUGGCGUUCACGACAAGAACAACGUUUAACAUAUAAAACACAAAUUGCAACUUCACUUAAAGAUGCUGAACAAAUGUUAACUAGAUUUCAUACUGAUAUUGCUAAAUCAUUAGAAAAAAUUAUAACACGUGAACAAUAUAUUAAUUCUCAAUUAAAUGAUUAUUUACAUGAAUUUCAUCGACAACAAGAUUUAUUAGCACAAGCUAAACAACAUUAUCGUCAUUGUUCAUCAGGUAUAACAGACAAAUCUCAACAAUUAGCUCAAAUUACAGCUGAAUUAACACAAAUUAAAGAAGAAAUGGAAGAAACAGGACAAAAUGUUACAGAUGGAGGUCCUUUGGUUAAAAUCAAAAAAGCUAUUGAAGAAUUAAAUCGUGAUAUAAUUCGUGUUGAUGUUCGUAUAGCUGUAUUAGAACAUACACUUAUGCAAUCAAAAGUACGUGAAAAAGAAGAAGCAAACGAUGAAAAAGCUGAUUAUUUACUUAAUGAACCAGAUUUUGAAUAA